UUUGACUGGGUUUUCCUCAGCGCAACUGAGGAAGACGAUCACGGAGUGAUAGUGAGUUACCGAGUUAGGGUUUCAAACUCAACUCACUCAGUCAAUUUCACCGUUUUUUGUCUUCUCUCUUUCACCGGAGAAAACUACGCUCCGCUCCCUCCUUUCAUUGUCUUUCCAUUUUCCGGCGAGAUUUUCCCGUAUUCCGGUGACCUAGGAGAACAUAAUUCGAUUCUCUGAUUAUAUCACUAGGUUUUGACCACAAAAGUCUUCACUGAAAAAUUCCACUUGCUAUAUUGGCUUUGAUUCAGUCCUUCUAGACGGGUUUUAUUUCUCUUUUUUUUUUUUGAAUUUGCUGAAAAAAUAAAGAUAAUUUUUUUUUAUUACUUUUUUUGAAUUUCAAUAAUCAAUCAUUUAAAUAAUUUUUUAGGGUCUUGUGAAAAUGCCAUAUGUUUUAACUUGAAGAGACAAUCUUUGGCCGUAUUGAUGAAAUUGGUUCAGUGAAUUCCGCAAAAAAUUAUUUGUAUAUAUUUCAAUUUUAGGAAAUGGGCCAGUGAUUAACUUAUACUUUUUUGGAAUUGAUUGGUUUUGAUAUUUAUUUCUUUCAACGCCUGCUGAAUCAUGUUUUUGUUUUUUCAAAGGCUUGAUUUUUGUUAAUUUUUUAUUAUUUUUUUUUUAAUUUUUUCUACAGGUGUGUUUCUUAGUUUGGUUAAUUGAUCUGUGUCUUAUUUUGAAUUGAUCAUUUUCCUAAUAUAGUGGUGUCACUGCAACUGGCAGGAACCACUCGCUCUUUCGACUAUUGGAGUUUUAUUUCUAUCCCUAAACUCUUUGGCUUCCAAAAAGACUUUGAAUCUGUGUUGGAGUUGGACACAUGACUAUCUCUUUGACCCGUUUGGCAUGGUCAGUGUGGGGUGGGAGGGGAAAGGAGGAAAAGCCCGUUUCUAAAGUUUCUGCUCUGAAUUCUUCACCAUCUUCUGAAUGGGGUAUUGCUAAUGACACAAAGAAGAUGGCCCCACCUCAUAGGAAAGAGAGGAGAGUGCAUAGAGAGUAUGGUGAUGUUACGUUGGUGCCAUUUGAUGAUGAUUUCAGUAGUGGUUGGUGCUUGUGCGGUUCUGAAUCCGAUGACUCAGAGUGGUCCAUUGGGUGGUUGGAACCUCUUGGCUCUGGCUUUCAGAGUGAUGAUAUUGAUGGUGAUGGUUUUGCAGUGCUGGUUCCUUGCUAUAAACCUAGCUGCAAGGAGGUGGGGGCCUCAAACAAGGCGCUUUUGAGUGCCAUCAAAAACCUCUCCAAUGGAUUUUCUUCUGCUGGGAAGAGUUGCAUAGAACAAUGGCUGGCUUCUCUUCAGAAUUUUGAAGCGUAGAAAGAAAACUACAUGUUCUUGUGGACCAUUCAGGCAAAAUGCUACCAGUAAAUAGAACAAAGUUAAUGAAGAGUUCUUAUAAGAACUGAUAGGGUCUAAUCUCGCAGGACAUGUUACUACAGCAGGGAAGUUCAAAUGUCUAGUCUCUUCACUGUAGAGAUGCCCCUUGUCUAUAUCUAUAUUUAUUAGUAAUAGAAAAGGCAGCAAAACCCUUUUAAAUGAAAGGAUUCAUUCACAUCUA